AUGCAGAUGGUUUCCACCUGGCAGGCACAGACACACACCGUGACUGGCUUCGAUGCCAAAGAACAACAGGAACUCACUGACUGCCAUAAUUCAGCAUGCAGAACAUCAGAGUGGUCUGUAAACCGACGAUUUUAUGCUAAUGCAACGCAGUGCACAGAAAGAGUAGCGCUACUGGUAAAGAACCCACCUGCCAAUGCAGAAGACGUAAGAGACGUGGGUUCGAUCCCUUGGCCGGAAAGACCUCCUGGAGGAGGGCAUGGCAACCCACUCCAGUAUUCUUGCAUGGAGAAUCCCAUGGACAGAGGAGCCUAG